AUGAAUGGGUUCAGACUAUGUGGUGAUAUGCUCCACCUUUUGAGUAUUUUUCUUCUUUUAAAAAAGUUGAGGAAGAGUAAGAGUUGCUUGGGGAUUUCAUGUAAGAUGCAAGAGAUCUAUUUGAUAGUAUUUUGCAGUAGAUAUAUUGAUUUGCUUUGGAGUUUUGUUUCAGUAUACAAUACAUUAAUGAAGGUUAUAUUUAUUGCAAGUACUAGUUACUGUAUCUAUUUGAUGAGGUACCAAAUACCAAUUAGUAGAACUUAUGAUUCUAAUGCAGAUAGUUUCCCAUAUCACAAGUACCUGAUUUUACCAGCUUUAAUUUUAGGAUUUAUUACUUCUGAAAGAUGGAUAUUUUCCGAGAUACUAUGGAGCUUUUCAAUUUGGCUAGAAUCUGUAGCAAUUUUACCUCAAUUGAUCCUUUUACAACAGUUAAGAGAAGUUGAGAAUUUAACAUCAAAUUACGUCGUAACAAUGGGAUUAUAUAGAUUGUUUUAUAUUUUUAACUGGAUUUACCGUUUUUAUGCUCAACAUUAUGUAAAUUGGGUUGGCUGGAUUGGGGGGCUUAUCCAAACAGCUAUUUAUGUAGACUUCUUUUAUUACUAUGCAAUGAGUAAAUGGUAUGGCCAAAAGUUAAUACUUCCUUAUUCUAUCGAAAUAUAG